AUGGCGACUCCAAGAUCUAAAGGAAAGAGUGGUACAUCUCGGCUGCAAGAUGCAUUGAAAGGUGUUAUCACUGCUGCUGGCCAAACAUCCAGGCAGAGAAACUCUGUGCAGCUAUCACUUGAUAUUCAGAUUAUAGAAACUCAAGCCAAGGAGUCUGGAUUACCUGAAAAUUUCUUCUCCAAAAUUGUAGAUGUGGCAGCCAGCAAAAAGUUUGCGGAGACCGUGAGCAGCAAGCUGAUCAAAUGCCUGAUACCAGAGACGGUGGUGCCUCAAGAUGCGGUGCUGAAGGCCAUAUCAUGGAUGUGCACCAACAUACCCUCAGUCAAUACACAGGCACUGUUAAUUCGGUGGAUAAACCUCGUCUUUGACUACAUCGAUGGCAAAGACAAGAUUCACGCUCUCUAUGGGAUUAUCUUCUACUUCCUGGACAGCAGUGUACUGGACUUCUUCUCUGAAUGCCCCAUGUCUGUUACUUGCUGUAUCAACUUACCCAGAGGGAGGAUGUUCGCAUGUUUCGAGUUCGACACCUUCUGAAACUCCAGGCAUCUGUUGGUUCACAACCAUACUUGAUGGGC